UUGCAUGGUGGCCAUCAGAGUUUCACCUUACACCUGAAAUCACACCAUUACAUACAUAGCCAUGAAGUAAGUUCGACCGCAUCAAGUUCCUGGUAGAUUCGGUUUUGAUCCAGUCACAUCACUCAUCAGGGUACGAUUCGAUUACGGUGUAAUUCGUUCGAGUCGGAUCAGAGAUGGGAGGCAGUCGAAUUAUUUAUGUGAUGCCACUUAAUUCAAACAUCCUAACUCGUGAUUGCUUUUCGUGUUAGUUGACGGAGAUCCGAAGGUGCGGAAGCCCCCAUGGGUGUGGUAUCUUCAUCGCUGUUCUCAGUUCAGUUCUUCAACUCUCCUGUAAUUUCAGUGUUAAGAGUAUAUAUAGUUCUUCUGUCGUCAUGGCCGUAUGAUGCAACUCUUCUGCUUGUCCAUUACAAAUUUCUCAAAUUCAAUUAUUCGGCAACUAACUGACAUGAUCUAUAACUUCUCCAUAUAGCAGUCAGAGAGGCAAGAUCGGCUCAGCGCGCUCCCCGAUGAUGUUCUACUGUGUAUCUUGGGAAGAGUUGGAGACCUACGUACCGCUGUGAGGACAAGCGUGCUGUCAACACGGUGGAGGAGGCUGCCUUGGUUGCUGCCUGAGCUCGAUAUUGAUGCCGAGUAUUUCAUGUUUCAUCCACAAUCAAAGAUUAACGAGGAAGCUAAUGGCACCCGCGACGCGAUGCGCACCGUAACCGCAGCAACCAGGAGUUUACUUGCUAAACCUCGGAGAGAAUACACUGUCACAAGGCUGCGGCUUACGCUCUACCUGAUCAACAGUCUCUGGUACGAUAUCGGUCAGCUAGUAUGGGACGCAAUUGAGUGUGGUUCGUUGAAAGAUUUGGAACUUGCCAUUAUUGAUGACACAUAUCGUCCCAAGUAUUCUCCCGCGGAUAAGCUAAGACGUUCCCAAGAUAUGGGGCGGUUUUUCCGUGCCUGCCCUAGGGUCCUCCAUUGCAUCACAAGACUCACUUUGUGCAGCCUGAGUUUCGACGAAUUGGACAUGCAUCAUAUACUGUUUGACUGCUGCAAGCAGCUGAAGCAUCUAUCACUCAUCUUUUGCGAUGCUGGCGCCGGUCCGUGGAAGAUAGAUGCACCAAACUCCAAACUCCGUGUUCUGGACCUCAACACGUGUUACUUUGACAGAAUUGAUCUGAUAUCCCUUCCAAAACUGGAGACGCUCUGUUGGGAUUUCUGUGUAUCACGACAUGCCCCCCUGUCUUUUGGUUUUGUCCCAUCCCUUGAGGAAUUGGACCUCGCACACUUCUUGUACCCUGAUCAGGAUUUACUUAAAUUGAGUGAGCUUCUACACGGAGCCGAGGGCAUACAUACUCUCACAUUGGAUUUCCUUAGGAUGACCCUUUGGCUGCAGCCUGAAAUCAAACAACUCGCGUCUGCAUUCAGCAAGCUAAGGAAGUUGUCCAUAGUAGGUGUCUUUGUUGAAUUUGACCUCAUGUGGACAACAGCCUUUCUUGAGGCCGCUCCAAAUGUUGAAAUAUUGAAUAUUCAGGUAACAGAACCAUGUGAGAUGGAACACCUGCACGUCCCCUUGAGCGCCCAUAACAGAACCAACCCUCAAUGGGACCUAGGCCUUGAGUUCCGCAGCUCCAAGAACUUGGCAUUGAGAGAGCUACAUAUCGCCUGCUUUAGGCCGCUAGAGCAGCAACUAACAUUUAUCAGAAUGAUCCUGGAGCGAGCUCCCAAUCUGCAGUCGGUAGUUUUGACAGAAGAUCGCGAGAAAUGCGAGAAAUGUGAUGCAAUGGCCCUCAGUGGGCCUCCUAGUGCGUUGGCUCGGCCUGCAUUUCCAAAGAACAAGGAGGAGCAAGACAUGGUGGUCAGCCGAGUCACAGAUGGCACAUUCUUCUCAGGCCAGAUAUUUUUUAUGAUUGAAAAGCUGUACUAGUGUAGGUAAGGUGGUCAGGAUAUCCUCUAUGUAAUCCACUAGACCAUAAAAUACCAACUUUAUUGAUAUAUAUGAGUUCCAUGAGAAUCAAAGUUUUGAAA